AUGGCUAACAGCAUUUUCCUUUUGCAAGGAAAUUACAACAUGUACAACAUUGCUUCGCAAUUGCUGAGAUCAAUUGGUGUGGAAGACCCAAAGGUGAAGACGCAGAUCUGCAGAGAUUUUACACGUGGGAAGUGUUCAAGAUCAGCAAAUGAGUGCCGAUUCUUGCACCAUUCAUCUGUUGAAGAUGUUGCGAUUGUUUGCCAAGACUUCUUGCGUGGACAGUGCAAUCGCAUAGCAUGUAGGUACUCUCAUGUAGUAGCGCAUCCAAUGCCACCAAUGAGCCAUGUUCCUAUGCCAUACCCUGAGAUGCUUUACAUGCCGCCACCACCACCACCACCCCUUGGUGUACCAAUGAUGGGGCCUCCGCCUUCACCUCCUAUACCAUUUGCUGAUAAUAAGAACAGAGUUGAAGUUUGUAGGGACUUCUUGAAGAACAUGUGCAAUAGGGAAUCCUGCCGGUUUGCACACCCCGAGACACAUACAACGAUGGGUACUGCUUGUUUCCUCAGCUUGAGUGCUCUGCCCAGCGCCGCUGCUACCGCUGUCCUGCUGCUGCUGCCGCCGCCGCCAAUUCUGCUUCUGCCACCAAAGAACUGCUGCGCUGGCUGUUGCGUCGCUAAGGUGCCAUAG